AUGGCUGCUCUGCAAUAUCUUGAUAAUGAUGAAUUGCCCACUCAUUGGGAUCGAGAGGCUUUGUUUGGAUUAUCAGCUAGUUCAAAUUCUGACAGUGAAGAUGGAGGUGACAGUGAGUCUUCAGAUGAUGAGCCAAUAGAACAAAAGGACCACUUUGUCGCUCAAUUGUAUAAAUUUAUGGAUGAUCGCGGCACGCCCUUAAAUCGCGGCCCAACAAUCGCAAAUCGAGAUGUAGAUUUAUAUCGACUUUACAGGGCUGUUGAAAAGUUAGGGGGUUAUAGUCGCGUUACAUCUCAAAACCAAUGGCGUGCAAUUUCUACUAGACUUGGAUUCUCUCCUGUCACAACGAGCAUCACAAAUCUCGUCAAGCAAGCAUAUAAGAAAUUUUUGCACAGUUUCGAGGAGUUCUAUCGCAAAUUGGGCUGCACGCUGAUCGCCAGCACUCCCAGAGGCGCACGCAUCGGCAAGGGCCGAAGCCUGAUUAGGCAGCGCGACACACCCACUCCUAGAGUAAGUACACCUGCGGUUACACCCGUUACGACUACCAGUUCUACUACAACAAGCGCUGGUGCUGCCCACACAACUGGAGAGAGCACUAGUGGUUCAACAACACAAGAUAAGGGAUCUAUUAAUUUAACUUCAGCUGAAUCUCCCAGUGUAUCAGAAAUAAAAUCAUAUACUGGAAUUUCUUCUAUUGAUAAACUAAGCAAAAAUGGCAAAACCAAUUUAAAAAUAGAGAAAGCAAUCGCUGAAGUAAUUGAGUCUUCUAGUCUUAUUGAGAAAAUUGCAUCAUCUCCACAACCAUUGAAAACUGUUAAGGAAUCUGACAUAAUUGUUGAUAUUAUAGCUGACAAUGAUGAAUCACUGGGAGUUGAUAGUAUCAGUGUUGUUUGUGACAGUAGUUCUGAUAUAGAAGUACCUAUUACAAAACCUGUACCAAGUUCUUCUUCAAAAUCAAAUACAAAAUCUAAAUCGAAGGAUAAAGAGGUUAUCAAAACCAAAGUUAUUGAUAGUAAAAACGAUGAUAAAAAAAAUAAAGUGAAGAGAAAAUCUGCCGGAAGACCUAGGUUGUCAGAGAAAAUCGUGGAUGAUAAGACUUCAGAUAGUGAUGACAAGGAGAGAAAAGAUAAAAUUGAACCAGAAAUUCAAAAUACGAGGUCACGUUCUAAAGAUGAGGGCCGAACUAAAAAAGAUACUGCUACUCCAGAAAGAAAAACACAGAAGAAUGAAAUGCGAGAGAAAACUAAAAAAAUUGAACAGGACACUGAAAAACGACGUGGACGAAAACGACGUGAUACAGAUCCUGCUGAUAAAACUGAAAGCUCAGAAGCAAGUGAACCUACAACGAAUACAACAACCACUAGUACAUCUAAAAUUGUUCCACCAUCAGUUGGUGACAAAUUGAAAGUAUAUUACCAUGAAUCUAAGGUGACUUAUGAAGCGAAGGUUAUUGAAGCUGAAGGCGAUUCGUACUUAGUCCAUUAUACUGGGUGGAAUACCCGAUAUGAUGAAUGGGUCAAUAUCGAUCGUAUUGCCGAAAAUUUGAGUGCUGGAACCAAAGCUAAGAGAUUGAAAGCAGCUAUAUCAGGAAAGACAAGUUCAUCAAAAAGAGGUAGAGGAGGCGCUAAUUUAACUUUACGGCCGCCUUCUACAUCAACGGAUUCAACGAGUUCUACUGGAGGACCUCCAGGACAUACGACUCCUACACAUACGACAUCUAGCACUUCUUCUACUUUGCAAUCCAAGUCAUCAGACACUACUGUUACCACCGUACCUUCCACCAGCACACAAUCAAAUGUUUCUCCUACCGUAACUUCCAGAACUCGAAGCCCCGCACUUACUCCAGCCAGAAGGGUCACGAGACAACAAGAGGGUAAUACAACCAGUAGUAACACAGCUUCAGUGGACGUGAAAAGUCGGACCAGAGGUCGCCGAAGGGCGAGUACACAUACUGAUGUAUCAAUUCAAUCUGGGUCAGAAAGUGAAGAUACCUCAUCCGAUACAGAGACAGAACUCAAAGUUUUACCUAAACGAGCUGCAAGCACAAGAACUUAUGGCGCUGAAGACAAAACUAAACGGAAGUUGGCUGCUGCUGCUUCUGCAAAUGUUGGAACUUCAACACAUGCUGGUUCAGCUUUAAGUACAAAAAAAUCAGAUGAAUGUGAAGAAGUUGCAAAGAAAAUGAUUAUUAAAAGGGCUAUUAAAAAGGAAUCAGAUGAAGACAGUGCUAAUAAAGGUAGUGUAACUUUCAAGCAAGGAUUGGGAUCAUUAACAGUAACUGAUGAACAAAUUAAAGGAAUUUUACGAGUUGGAGGUAUUGUUGAAGCUCGGCACCCAGACAGGCGUGAAUAUGUGGAAGCAACUAUAACAAAAAUUCAAGACUGCAGUCAAUACACUGUUGUGUUUGAUGAUGGGGAUAUUACAACAUUGAGAAGAUCUGCUUUGUGUUUGAAAAGCGGUCGACAUUUUAAUGAAAGUGAAACCUUAGAUCAAUUACCUUUAACUCAUCCUGAGCAUUUUGGAAAUCCUGUUAUUGGCGGACGCCGAGGAAGGAGAUCAAGGCAACUUGUUGAUGAUUCAUCUGAUGACGAUGCUGAUAGCUUGAGCACAAAAGAUGGAAAUAGCACCGAAAAGGAAGAGCACAUCGGCAAGGUUGUGUGUGUUGAAACUUCAGACACUAAAAAACGUAGUCCAAAAGAAACAUGGUUUCCAGGCUUGGUUGUUGCCCCAACAGCGCAAGACACUGUUAGAAUUCGCGUGCGAGAUGAGUAUUUGGUGCGAUCAUUUAAGGAUGGCCGAUACUACACCGUUCCCAAAAAAGAAGCCACAGAAUUUACACGAGAAUUGGCAGCUCGUCAAGAUGGCCCAGCGGUGAUGGCAGCUUUGCAAUAUCUUGAUAAUGAUGAAUUGCCCACUCAUUGGGAUCGAGAGGCUUUGUUUGGAUUAUCAGCUAGUUCAAAUUCUGACAGUGAAGAUGGAGGUGACAGUGAGUCUUCAGAUGAUGAGCCUAUAGAACAAAAGGACCACUUUGUCGCUCAAUUGUAUAAAUUUAUGGAUGAUCGCGGCACGCCCUUAAAUCGCGGGCCAACAAUCGCAAAUCGAGAUGUGGAUUUAUAUAGACUUUAUAGGGCUGUUGAAAAGUUAGGGGGUUAUAGUCGCGUUACAUCUCAAAACCAAUGGCGUGCAAUUUCUACUAGACUUGGAUUCUCUCCUGUCACAACGAGCAUCACAAAUCUCGUCAAGCAAGCAUAUAAGAAAUUUUUGCACAGUUUCGAGGAGUUCUAUCGCAAAUUGGGCUGCACGCUGAUCGCCAGCACUCCCAGAGGCGCACGCAUCGGCAAGGGCCGAAGCCUGAUUAGGCAGCGUGACACACCCACUCCUAGAGUAAGUACACCUGCGGUCACCCCCGUUACGACUACCAGUUCUACUACAACAAGCGCUGGUGCUGCCCACACAACUGGAGAGAGCACUAGUGGUUCAACAACACAAGAUAAGGGAUCUAUUAAUUUAACUUCAGCUGAAUCUCCCAGUGUAUCAGAAAUAAAAUCAUAUACUGGAAUUUCUUCUAUUGAUAAACUAAGCAAAAAUGGCAAAACCAAUUUAAAAAUAGAGAAAGCAAUUGCUGAAGUAAUUGAGUCUUCUAGUCUUAUUGAGAAAAUUGCAUCAUCUCCACAACCAUUGAAAACUGUUAAGGAAUCUGACAUAAUUGUUGAUAUUAUAGCUGACAAUGAUGAAUCACUGGGAGUUGAUAGUAUCAGUGUUGUUUGUGACAGUAGUUCUGAUAUAGAAGUACCUGUUACAAAACCUGUACCAAGUUCUUCUUCAAAAUCAAAUACAAAAUCUAAAUCGAAGGAUAAAGAGGUUAUCAAAAGCAAAGUUAUUGAUAGUAAAAAUGAUGAUAAAAAAAAUAAAGUGAAGAGAAAAUCUGCCGGAAGACCUAGGUUGUCAGAGAAAAUCGUGGAUGAUAAGACUUCAGAUAGUGAUGACAAGGAGAGAAAAGAUAAAAUUGAACCAGAAAUUCAAAAUACGAGGUCACGUUCUAAAGAUGAGGGCCGAACUAAAAAAGAUACUGCUACUCCAGAAAGAAAAACACAGAAGAAUGAAAUGCGAGAGAAAACCAAAAAAAUUGAACAGGACACUGAAAAACGACGUGGACGAAAACGACGUGAUACAGAUCCUGCUGAUAAAACUGAAAGCUCAGAAGCAAGUGAACCUACAACGAGCACAGCAACCACUAGUACAUCUAAAAUUGUUCCACCAUCAGUUGGUGACAAAUUGAAGGUAUAUUACCAUGAAUCUAAGGUGACCUAUGAAGCUAAGGUUAUUGAGGCUGAAGGUGAUUCGUACUUAGUCCAUUAUACUGGGUGGAAUACCCGAUAUGAUGAAUGGGUCAACAUCGAUCGUAUUGCCGAAAAUUUGAGUGCUGGAACUAAAGCUAAGAGAUUGAAAGCAGCUAUAUCAGGAAAGACAAGUUCAUCAAAAAGAGGUAGAGGAGGCGCUAAUUUAACUUUACGGCCGCCUUCUACAUCAACGGAUUCAACGAGUUCUACUGGAGGACCUCCAGGACAUACGACUCCUACACAUACGACAUCUAGCACUUCUUCUACUUUGCAAUCCAAGUCAUCAGACACUACUGUUACCACCGUACCUUCCACCAGCACACAAUCAAACGUUUCUCCUACCGUAACUUCCAGAACUCGAAGCCCCGCACUUACUCCAGCCAGAAGGGUAACGAGACAACAAGAGGGUAAUACAACCAGUAGUAACACAGCUUCAGUGGACGUGAAAAGUCGGACCAGAGGUCGCCGAAGGGCGAGUACACAUACUGAUGUAUCAAUUCAGUCUGGGUCAGAAAGUGAAGGUACCUCAUCCGAUACAGAAACAGAACUCAAAGUUUUGCCUAAACGAGCUGCAAGCACAAGAACUUAUGGAGCUGAAGACAAAACUAAACGGAAGUUGGCUGCUGCUGCUUCUGCAAAUGUUGGAACUUCAACACAUGCUGGUUCAGCUUUAAGUACAAAAAAAUCAGAUGAAUGUGAAGAAGUUGCAAAGAAAAUGAUUAUUAAAAGGGCUAUUAAAAAGGAAUCAGAUGAAGACAGUGCUAAUAAAGCCGGACGUGAUUUUGAUCUGAAUCAAAUUAGAUCAGAAUUGAAAGGUUUCAAAGAGGUUGUAAAAGCACCGCCAACUAGUGAAGAUAUAAAACCUGAUAUUGUGGUGUUAGAUGAAAAAACCGGUGUUAUUGAUGUUUGUUUGAGCUUGGAUACGCCUUCUGAAGAUAUUCAAAUUAAAUUGGAUGAUAUAAUUAAAGCAGAAAUAACUCCUGAAAAAUUAUCACCUAAUGCAGAUGUGUAUGAAUUCAAAGAACCAGAACCAUUUGAGUUUGAAUCUCGAAAACCGUCAUCUGAAGAGAAAAAGAAACGAGGUGUAAUAAGAUUAUUUGAAGAUAUGCCUGAAUUAAAAAUUGAUAAAAGUCCAAAGAAGAGAAUUGCAGUGAAAUUAGCAAAUCGAGAUAACUCAGAAUCAAUUGCAUCACCUGCUAAAAGGGGCAAGAAGUCUAAGAAAACUGUAACUUCACCAGCUCCAGAAGCUGUUAAGGAAGAAGUUAUAAAAUCUGACGAUGAAGCACUACCAGCUCCAAAAUUAACUCCACAAAAAGAAGAUUCAUUCAGUAGGCUAACAGUGCCUUCCUCCUCUUUUUGCAAUACAAUUCCUGAAUCUACUUCACCUGUACUGGAUGACCAGUUUGGCAUUUUUGCUGAUCUAGGUUCAGCAGAUGAAUGCGUUGAUAGAAUAAUAUCAGGAAAUGGUUCUAGUAUGAAUGAUGGUGACAGAAUAUUUGUUUUGAGGCAAAGUGAUCCUAUUAUACUUGAUGAUAAGAAAAAAAUCACUUCACCAUUUUCAUCAACAUUGCCACAAGAAUCAUUUUUGAAGCUUGAUGAUUCUUCUAAAAUGAAAACUGACAGUUCAUCUGAUGAUGAUAAUAUUAAUGCUACAAUAAAAAGAGUUAUAUCUCAAACUUUGACUGAUGACAGCCAAAGCUCUGAUAACACAAUCAUUAAACCAGAAACCAAUUCCAUUUUUCAAAGUAGUUUUGACAAAAAACUCAUUAGUACUGAUCCUCAGAAACCUUUACCAAUUGAAGCCAGUGUUUUAUCACCAAGUAUUGAUAUGGAUAUUGAUACUGAUUCAUUGGCUAUUAUUGUAGACAAUAGCUUAAAAGAAAAAUCAGCAUCAGAAUCUAUAUUUGACCGUACUAAACAAAUGUCUGAAUUGAAAAAUGUUCACUCCAUGGCUAAUAAAGUACUAAAAGCGAUGACUGAAGGAAUAAGUCCAGUCAAAAGUGAAACAGAAAAUUUGGAAAACAGAAUAAGUGCCACACCUAAUGAUGAUGAUGAUGUUAAGAAGGAUAUUAAGGCUCUAAAGAGUAUAGUAUCGUUUGAAAUAACUAAAAAAGAAAUUGCUAAAAUACCAAUAAAAAUGGAAUCAAAAGUUGAAGAAGAAAAGAUAAUACCUAAGGCAGUUAUAGAACCUACUCUUGUAUUACCUGUGAAGGAGGAAGAUUUAAAAAUUCCGCCGGGACCAAUUGCUAAAAGCAAUGUUAGUGUUUCUCAGUUGAUUCAGAAAUUAGAAAAUUCAAUGCAGCAUUCAGUCGUAAUGCAACAUUCAGUUGUACCUCCUUUGAGUUCCACUUAUGCAGAAGAUUCAGAUGACAGCACUGAUUCUGAACAAAGGUUGGUAAUUGAUAAGUUAUCUGAUGAUGAAGAAACAUCGCAGCAGAGUGAUGGAACACCUUAUGAAACUCCUACAAGUAAAACUACAACUACAAUAACUUCUGAAAGUGAGACUACGCCUACUUCACAAACUUCAACCACUACUUCUGAUAGCAAAUCUGAUGUGAAAACAUCGUCUGAUUAUUCAUCUUCUACUGUAGAUACACCAGUUUAUUCAGGUUCAACAACUGAUAAAAUCAAAACUGAAAUUAAAAUGGAAGAUACAGUUACCAAAGAAAAAACAGAAGAGCCAGAAAGUAAUAUUAGUUUAUUGUUGUGCGAGGAAACCAUCCCUGGUUCUCCUGCUCCUGUUUUAUCAUCAUCAGAAGUCGAAUCUCAAUCAGGCGCCGAAAGUCCGAAACCAAAACCGAAAUCAGCCAAGAAUUUGCAAAUGGAAUUGCCCUUUGCAAGUGCUGUUUCUAUAGGAGGAAAAUCAUCGGGUACGACUAUGAAUACAAACAACAGCACAAUAUCCACUUCUGUUGCUGGCACAGCGAAUACGAAUAUGCCAUUUAAGGUAAUAUCAGGAAUUGGAGUAACACCUAUAUCUUCAUCAAAUAAUAACGCAUCAGGAAAGGAAGCAGGAUUUGUUCACCCUGGUCAACAUCUGUUGGAUCAUAAAGCCAGUGUAACAUCAGGAAAUGAAAGAUCUCCUCCCAGCACUUCCGAAAGUGGUACACUCUCUGAUGUGUCUCCAGGGACGAUCGAUUAGGCUCCCCGCCAAUCAUGCGAAAACCAGUUAGAACAAUUUCCAGUACUGAAUCUGAAAUGGGAGCACCUGAUAUGUCACCGGUUGAUACACCAAGUAUGAAUUCAGCACGUUGCGAAAUUAGUUUACCAG